GGACAGUGGAUUGGAGACUCAACAGGGGCAACAGGCGGGCAACCUACCCCUGGGCAGGGGUCUCGGGGACUCAACGAGACUCUAGCUGUGGAGUCUGGCCUCAGCACAGCUCCCACCCAGCUUUCUAGGGACAUCGGGUUCACGGGGACUCAACGGGGGCAUCACAGGUAGCUAUACUCCGGGCACGCCAUGGGGAGGUUCAAGUAAGGGUAGUCUAGGCGUGUAGUAGGGCAGUACAUAACCCAGGUGGUCUUUGCGCACAACAGAGACAGCUCAGGACACGGGUGGUCGGUGCACACAGCAGGGACAGUUCAAAACGGGGUGGUCGGUGCACACAGCAGG